CUGAAGCGUUAGACCGUUGAGAGAUGGUAAAUGAAACGGAGUUCUGGGAUGAAAUACGGAAAGAUAUACCGCGAUACAAAAAGAGGAAACCGCGAGUCGUUCCUGCGUUCACCAUUCAAGCUUUGCAGGAGAACACGGUAGUGGAAAAGCCUCCGAAGGUCGGCUUGUACAAACCUCAGCCACCGAAGCCGUCGACCUUCCGGAAAUUCUACGACUGGGGAGUUUUCCCGAUCGCGUUGGAAAAGGACAGUUAUGGAACGAAACUCAGUUGGAAAGUGAAGAUCGAGGACCUCGAUUUCCACCAUUAUUUGCCACUGUUUUACGACGGCUUGACGGAGACCGAGCAACCGUUUAAAUUCAUAGUGGAACAAGGCAUAUCCGACAUGCUGGAACACGGCGGUCCCAAGAUUUUACCCGUCGUGCCGCAGUUAAUAAUUCCGAUCAAAAAAGCUUUGAACACGAAGAUGCCGGAGAUUCUAUGCACGACUCUGAGAGCUAUGCAGAAUCUCGUGCGUUCGGCGGACUGCGUGGGCGAGGCUCUGGUUCCGUACUUCAGACAGAUUUUACCCGUGCUGAAUUUAUUAAAAGACAGGAACGUGAAUCUCGGAGGAGCCAUCGACUACGCGCAACAGAAAGGUGAGAACGUCUCAGACGUGAUACAAGAGACUUUAGAAAUGCUCGAGAUAUACGGAGGUGAGGAUGCUUUUAUAAAUAUCAAGUACAUGAUCCCUACGUACGAAUCGUGUAUGAUGAAUUAAGUAAACGAGUAACUGUCCUUUGGUCCUUAGCACAAGUUAUAAAAAUACCCAAGUAUACAAUAAAUAACAGAAUAUAAUAUCUUGAA